AUGAGCAAAGUUAGAAUAACUGUGUUGCUUUGUGCUAACUCCGACGGAACAGACAAACUCAAGCCCCUUGUCAUAGGAAAGGCAAAAAAUCCACGCUGUUUUAAGAAUGUGAAAAGUUUGCCGACAGAGUAUGAAGCAAAUAAUAAAGCUUGGAUGGUUUCUGGGUUUUUCAGUUCUUGGCUGAAAAAUAUCGAUAAGGCCAUGAAGAAGAAGAAUAGAAAAAUACUUCUCUUUAUUGACAACUGCUCAGCACACAAGGGCAUACCUCCUCUGAAGAACGUCAAAGUACAAUUCCUACCACCAAACACAACCUCCAAGCUACAACCACUUGAUCAAGGGAUCAUUAAAAACUUUAAAGUGAACUACAGAAGAGAGGUUGUCAAACGAUUUUUGAGGGAUAUGGACAACGAGUCAAUGACGCAGAUUAAUCUACUCGAUGCACUAUGGAUGGUGUCAAAAGCCUGGAACUGUGUGACUUCGGUGACAAUCAAAAACUGCUUUAAUGCAUGUGGUUUUGAGGUACCCCAACACACCACGGGAAAUGAACUGGAUGAAGUACAGGAUGAACCUUCUAUCGCGGACAUAAAUGAGACACCGGCUGAAUGGACUGUAGCAGCACAGGCUCUGAAUGUUGAAGAGUUGGCGUUCGUGGACUUCGUAGACUUUGACGACGACGUUGCUGUAUGCGGGGAGCUGACUGACGCAGACAUCAUUACAUCGGUUGCUGGAGGUUCGAGUUCGAAUGCAGUUUCUUCAGACGAGGGAGAGGAGGAUGAGGGCGAAUCAACACAGCCAGACCCAACUCUUAAAGAUGCUCGUGCUGCAAUUCAUGUGAUUCGGUGUUUUUUUGAGAAAAAGUCAGUGAUGAGUGAUAGUGUUGUGAAUUGCAUCAAUAACUUGGACAUAGCAUUGGAUGCCGUAAACAUAAAAGGUAAACAAGCAAGAAUUGAAGAUUUCUUUCAUCCCGUUUUGCCAAAGUAG